CAAGUAUGUUGAUGUUAUUAUUGUUUGCUGCAUUAGUAACUGGUUACCACUUGGGUGACCAAUAUGAGACUAAUAACAAACGUUUCCCAGAAGAUUUCAUGUUUGGUGUGGCGACUUCUGCAUACCAAGUAGAAGGUGCUUGGAAUGUAGACGGUAGGAGCCCAAGCGUUUGGGACAACAUGACCCACGAAAAUCCUGAGUUUACACCGGAUAGGAGCAAUGGUGAUGAUGCUUGUCUAUCUUACUACAAAUACAAGGAAGAUGUCCAGAUUAUGAAAGCUAUGGGUGUUAAGCAUUAUAGAUUUUCCAUUUCUUGGUCCAGAGUUCUUCCUACCGGUUACCCAGACCAAAUCAAUGAAGCAGGACUAACAUACUACCGAAACCUCAUCAAAGAACUCAGAGACAACGAUAUAGAACCCUUAGUAACUAUCUCGCAUUGGGAUUUACCUUUAACCCUCGAAGAGCUGGGAGGUUUCCAGAACCCAGACAUCCAGACAUGGUUCCCUAAUUAUGCUAGAGUACUCUUUCAGAAUUUCGGAGACGAAGUUAAGUACUGGAUCACUUUCAAUGAACCGAGACAGACUUGUAUGGGUGGAUACGCCUACGGAUACUUUCCACCCGCUGUUCAUUCUGAAGGACUUCUUGAAUAUACAUGUGUUCAUAAUUUGCUUAGAGCUCACGCUAGAGCUUGGCAUGUGUAUGAUAAAGAGUUUAGACCUACACAGAAAGGAAAUAUAUCCAUUGUCCUUGAUACGGCGGCCUAUGUACCAGCUUCAGACAGCGAAGAAGAUAAAAUUGCUGCAGAUACAAAAUUCCAUUUCGAGUUGGGUUGGUAUGCUAACCCCGUCCACUUUGGAGACUACCCAGAUAUAAUGAAGACCAGAGUAGCCGAACGCAGCAGGGGUGAAGGAAGGAACCAAUCACGGCUACCAGAAUUCACUGAGGAAGAGAAAGCCUUGCUUAGAGGAACUGCUGAUUUCUUUGCUGUCAAUGUCUAUACUGCCAAUUUGAUCAACCACAUAGAUGAUCCUCCAAUCUCUAAUCCUCCUUCUAAAUGGCAAGACAUUGGUGUUAACGACUUUCAGCCUUCCGAAUGGGACAACAGUACCCAACCCAGUUGGUUUAAGAUUGCUCCGUGGACAAUAAGGAAUCUUUUAAAUUGGAUAAAAAAUCACUACGAAAAUCCUGAAAUUAUUAUUACUGAAAAUGGGUUAUGUACCGAUGACGACAAUAAACGGAUCAACUAUAUUAGGGACUAUCUCAGCUAUAUUAGAGAUGCUAUGGUAGAAGACGGAGUUAAAGUGUUUGGAUAUACCCUGUGGAGUAUAAUGGAUAAUUUUGAAUGGCAGCUAGGAUAUACGCAAAAAUAUGGUCUCUAUGAAGUCGACUUUAAUGAUCCCGACAGGCCUAGAACAGCAAAACCUUCAGCAGAUUUUUUCACCAAAGUUUGUAAAACCAGAUGUCUUACCGACAACUGCAUAGACUAGAAUAUUAUUUUUUACUUAUAAUAAAAUAACUAUCUCCUAAAA